AUGUUAAGCUCAAGCCAAAAUUCAGUUUUACCACUAAAAGACAAAACUAAUGCCAAAGAAACUAUUUCAAACUUCAAAUGGAAAUCCAUAGGCAGCUCGUUGGAGCCUCUAUCUAUGGACUCCUUAAAAUCGCCGAGAAUUCCUAGCGUUCAGACUUCUCGGUCUCACAAGCCAGUUGCAUCAUCUUCUACCCGAACUACUCCUCGCAAUAUCCGCUGCCAAACAGCUAGAAAUUCUGAAAGAAAAUCUAUAGAAAUGCCUUUCACAAUAAACCCUGAUCUCACAAAAUGCUCACUCAAAGAAAACGGCAUAGUCAAAGCCUAUGCAGCUUGCACAAACCAAGGAUUAGUAAGGAAUUAUAAUGAAGACAGAGUUAGCAUCAUUCUGAACAUAAUGAAGCCUCCAAAUCGUGCCAAUGAAAAUUGGCCUCGUUGCUCAUUUUUCGGAGUUUAUGAUGGUCAUGGUGGCUCUGCAUGUGCUGAUUUUUUACGUGAUAAUUUACACCAAUUUGUAAUCAGAGAUCCUAAUUUCCCAUUUAACCCUAAAGAAGCAAUCAAAGCCGGCUUCCAAGCAGCUGAAAGGACAUUUUUGGAGUUUGCAAAGUCUCAGACUCCUAUUGACAGAUCAGGAAGUUGUGCUAUUGUAAUAGUAAUUGUGGGCGAAAUUUGCUAUGCAGCCAAUGUAGGGGAUUCUAGAGCUAUAAUGAGUGGUGAAAAAGGAAGUAAAAUAUAUCCAUUAUCUAAAGAUCAUAAACCAUAUGAAGAAAAAGAAUACGAAAGAAUUAUAUCGAAAGGUGGAAGAGUAUAUCAAAGCACCGUUCAAGGCCAAGAAAAUCAGCAAAUAGCAGGACCUUAUAGAGUUUUCCCUGGGAGGUUAUCAGUAAGUCGAACCUUUGGAGAUAUCGAAGGAAAGCAUGAAGAUUUAGGCGGAAACUCUGAAGUGCUCAUAUCAAGCCCUGAAAUCAAAGCGUUUAAAGUCCAUGCUGGGUAUGAUUUCAUCGUGCUAGCAAGCGAUGGAAUCUUUGACAAACUCACGAAUAAAGAAGUCAUCCAAUGCGUUUGGUCAAGCGUUUAUGAAGGAAAAGCUCAAAACUGCCACAGGCAAUGUGGAAAUGCUGUAGAAAAUGUAAUGAAAACCGCCCUUAUUAGGAGAACCCUGGACAAUAUUACUGUCGUUAUGAUAGCUUUGGAAAGCUUCAUAACACAAGUAGAAGGGAUCUACUCCAGAGAUAGCUAA